AUGGAUAAGGAAACAGUGAAGGAUAUCCAGAGAUCUAUUGCGAUGAAGCUGAACAGGGUGGAGUACACUGAGGUUCCCCUGAUUGAGGGGUAUUCGGAAGCAGAGGACUGCUAUAAGAGGUUCCGAGACAGCCUCAAGAAGAUUUCAGACAGCAUUACAUGGCUGAUGACGUAUGAGUAUGGAGGAAGCAAGAUGAAGUCUCUUUAUUCGAAGAUGACGAUGAUAACCUCCACCUCGAGGAUCGGGCAGUUUAAGAACUACGACAUCUAUGAGGCCAACGGGCUCAUUGGAUUGGAGUUUUCGAAGAUUGGAGUGGCCUCGAGCCUCAGCGACACAGGAAAGAAGUAUUCGAAGGCGUAUAUGGACAUUUCGAGGUACAAGCUCGAGAUGAACAGCAGGCUUGAGCAGCAGCUAAAGAAGAUAUCUGACCUGAGGGACCAUUCGAAUGCAAUUGACAAGAAGAGGAAGAAGGUUUCAAACAUAAGAUACGAUUUAGAAAUGGAAAAGAAGUCCAAAGAACCCAAGACACCUAGCAUGGUGUCUAGAGAGAACGACAUGGAAAGGACGUUUAAGGAGACAUCGAAAGAAGCUCUCAAGGAGAUGGAGAGGUUUAUCGGGAACGAUGGGGUGUCUGGGGUGCUCCAGAAGGUUGCUGAGGCCCACCGCAUGUUUACUGAGAAAAGUGCCAAAGCACUGGAGGAGGUAAAAUAA